AUGUUCGCUCUCUACUCGCUCCUCGUCCCGGCUCUUCGUCUCGUCAGCUUGGUCAGCUGUACAUCUUACAUUGGAGUCAAAGACCCCCAUUUCGGCACCGACGUCUUCACUGGCAUCCCAUUCGCAAAGCAUCAAACUCGGCUUCAGCCUCCUGUUCCGUUGUCUGGUGAUCAAGGAGUGGUCAUUGCAACCAGUCCGGUUAGCAAGCGAUGUCUCGAGGUUGGUCCUGGUGCCUCUCCAGCUCUUGGGUCGGAAGACUGCUUGACCCUUGAUAUCGUCCGUCCUUCGAACCCUCCAGGUCGAGACACAAGCGGCUUCGACUCGGUCACUAUCACAACCACUGUUAGCAACAUACACAAGACCAAUCUUCUGCCGGUCUACGUCUUCAUUCACGGCGGUGAAUUUAUCAAGGGCGACAAAUCAGAAUACGAUGGCAGAAACCUUGUCAAAACCAGCGUCACUCUUGGACAUCCUAUCAUCUAUGUCGCUAUGAACUAUCGCCUCGGCUUUCUGGGAUUUCCAGCCGGUAAGGAAGCCCAGUCUCAUAAUUCUACGAAUCUUGGACUUCUUGACCAGCGUCAGGCUUUGGUUUGGCUGCAGCAGAACGUUCGCUAUUUCGGCGGAGACCCGAAGAAGGUUACCAUUGGUGGUCAAGGUAGCGGAGCUGACUCGGCAGCUUAUCAUUUGCUUGCCUACGGAGCCAAGUAUGGUGGCCUCUUUCGUGGUGCAAUCCUCCAGAGUGGCUCCGCCACCGGCUCCUCGCCGAUUCCAAGUCCGAAAUACACCGACUACCACUGCGAUGUUGCUACCGCUGAUAGCUGGACCUGUCUUCAAAAUGCCCCAAUCGAUGCACUCGUAAAAGCAUACAGCAAGAUCUUCUCCGAUACAAGAUUAGGUAGCUUGGCUCCUGUAUUCUCUCCAGUCAUCGAUGGGAAGUUCUUCACAGACUUCCCGUCUGUAUUGACGGAGCAGGGAAAAUUUGCACGUCUACCACUUCUUUUAGGAACGACAAAAGACGAGUUUAGCAAUUCUGUCCCAGUUGAUCGAGGCUUCGGGUCUGACGCUGCCAUUUUGGGAUAUCUAAAUUCAAGAUUCCCCUAUGUCAGCGAUAGCACGCUUCGCUGGCUCUUGACAUAUUACCCAGUCUUCAAUUUCAAAAAUACUGGACCUCCACUUUCGGGCUCUCAGUGGACCCGGGCCAUUGCUAUGGUGAACGACCUACUGUCCUUUUGCCCAACGACCGAGCAAGGUAUUCAGGUCUCAAGAGUUGCAGAUGUCUACAAAUACCGAUGGGAUUCUGUUCUCCAAUCAGCUCCAGUUCGCCAAUGGGAAGGUGUACCUCGCGGCAGUGACCUCCACUUUGUGUUCCCUCUUGGAGGUGACAUGGCCAAACAGACUCCAGCAGACCUUGCUCUGAUUUCCGCAUUCCAACGCGGACUGAUCAGCUUCGUCAAUAGCCUCGACCCACGCUCUAUUAGAGCUGCAGACGCUGAUUUUGAUAUAAUUUGGUCCAAGAUUAACGCCGAUAUUGACUUUGUUAAUCACACUGUUUGCAGCUUCGUCAAGGCUAAGAAUGCAGAGUUCAUGCGCUGA